AUGUCUGAGUCAGAGUUAAAGAUGCUGGAAAAGCUGCUCAGGCCGCACAAAGCAGCCCUCUGGGGGGGGGUGGUGGGCUGGGGGGGGGGGGGCAGGCUGUGGUGGACGCCAUCCUCCAUCUCUGGAUCCACGGCUUCAGCGGCGCCCGCAGAGAUGAGCUUGACGGACCUGGAGGGCUCGAUGGCCGCCAUCAUCUCCGUGUUCCAGAAAUACUCGGAGAGGGAGGGAGACAAGCACAAGCUGAAGAAGAGCGAGCUGAAGGAGCUGCUGCACGACGAGCUGCCCGACCUGAUGGCGCACGUCAAGGACCAGUCCACGCUGGACAGCCUGAUGGAGAGCCUGGACGCCGACGGCGACUCCGAGUGCAACUUCCAGGAGUUCAUGACGUUCGUCUCCAUGGUUACCAUCUGCUGCCACGAGUUCUUCGAGCAGGAGGACGAGUGAGGAGGCGAUGGAGGCGAUGGAGGCGAUGGAGGCGAUGGAGGACCCCAAAGCGCACAGACUGACGCCCUCAGAGCGGCGGGAGGAGGCUCUUCCUGUUUGCUGUAGCGGUGUAGAGCAGAGUAACCGUAAACUAGUCCAAACGCUGGUUAAAAAGGCUUUUCUAGGGCUUCUGACUUCAGCUCCGUCCUGACAACACACCCACUUUAUGCAAAGUAAUGUGUCAGUUUCCACUCCUCUGUUUCUAUCAAUCAAAUUUGUGGUUUCUUGUUUAAACCUUUGGGAUUAUCAGACUAAAGUGAAGUUAUCAUCAGCUAAAAUCAGGAAAUUCCACUGAGAAACAGGCUGGAAAGCAAAAGGCCCCAAAUAUAUUUCAACAUGUUCAAAGACAAUUUUUGACUAUCAAAUGAUUAAAGAGGUUAAAACACAUGAUUGGAUAGUAAAAUCUUCCAAAAACUUUGGGUUUUGACCUCCAUCUUCUGUUUUAGUGGAUAUAGAUUAAUAACUUGUCUCUUUGGUUUUGGAGUCCUUUGAGUUUCACUGAAAACUACAAAACCUUCAGUUUUCCGCCAGAUUGAGAAUUAAAUCUAAUCUUAAUGCCAGAGAAAUAAAAUCUCUUAAUGUAUCAGAUAAUCAAAGUAACUUUUUGUUUGUUCUCUGAUGUAAUAAUCAUUUAGAGAAAUAAAUCAAAAAUAGAAUCCAGUCAGGCUGUUAAAUUACUCCAAAAGGCUUUGUGUUAAAUUCAAAUAAACACUUAUGGAGUUAAAUAACCAACAGGAGACAACAGUUAAAAAAAAAAAAAAAGCCUUCUGACUUUUAACCAAAUAGCCAAAGUAACUUUAAAAUUGGCAAAAAUAAGUAUUUAAAUGGCUUCUCGAGCUAAAGUUAAUUUAGCACCAAGUUACUCAAAUUUCCACCAUAUCCACUGAUGUCUUUAUCUCUUUAGCAGACUUUGAGGUCUUCAUUAUUUUCAGAAUUAGCCAGAUAGUUAAAUGGUAAAACUUUUAAAUAAGGGCAUGGCUAGCAUGUUAAACAAGCUAACAUGUUAGCGUGUUAAAGAAGCUAAACAUUAGCAUGUUGAAGAAGCUAACAUGUUAGCAUUUUAAAGAAGCUAACAUGUUAGCAUGUUAAAGAGGCUAAGACAUUAGCACAUUAGCAUGUUAGAGAUACUACCUAGCUGUCAUAUUAGCAUAGCUAAAGAUAAUCCUAAAUAAUAACUAACUUUAGAAAUAAUCUAUUACCUAAAAGAAGUACAUAUUCAUAAAUUCCAGUAGACUAUCAUGUUGAAAAUUAGCCCUAAAUGUAAAAGAAUCAAAUGGAGUUUUGCAAGUUUUAGAUAAUCAAGCUAACAUUUAUGGCCUGUUUGUCUUAUGAGCUGUUUAGCCCUUUUUCUGACUUAGGUCCUUUGUUUUUGCUAUCAUUAGUCUAAAAUGACACUAAAACGACACCUUAAGCACAGUUUAGUCCUCCCCUUCUGUUCAGAGCAACUUACACAAUCUAAAUGUGAUUUUCAGAGCUGAAAAUGUCUGUUCAAACAGUGUGAAAACAGCAGAGUUUUGUCUGGGAUGCGCUUUGAAAAGUGGACAGCAGGUUUUUCUGUCAGUGGCAUGAAAUGGAAUUAAAUGAUCAGUUUUUGAGUGAGUUUCUUGUGAAUGUGCUUGUGUGUUGAAAUGAAACAGAAAUGGGAAGUGAAUCCUUUUGUGUUGCUAAACAAAGUGAAGAAUUCACAGAAAAACAGCAGUUAAAAUGCUCUGCUCAGCUAGCCAAACACAAACAUGUCAGUGGGCUCUCUCUGAAAACAUCUGUACACCACAUCUGUCCUGAGAAUAAAACCAUUUAUUAUUAAA